AAGUAAUGCUGUGGAGGGUGGAUCGGAAUCGUUUAUGACAGAUGCCCCAUAGAGGAUGGCUUUCCGUGGCCUUUAAAUGUUUACGACGUUCUCCAUGGUCGUAGAAGUACUCGUCGCAAGACGCGCAAUAGGAGGUGGAUUGGUAGUAAAUUGCGUCUGAUGGUUAUGGAUGGUGGUGCUGUGAUGGUGGAUGCUCGAGCAAGUGAUUGGUGCGAGUUGGAAGGACCGGAGACUCUGUGAUACGCUUUGAGGAUGGGUUGUCUGAGACUUGCGUCUCCGACCCUGUUUUGGUUCGUAUACACCACUAUAGGAUCUAACCCUCAGAAAGCAUGUUGCUCGCCUUCAGGAACACCGGUUUACAGUGGCUUUGCAAGUUCGAAGUCUUAUACGCCUCAUGCUACUUGGCGUUCGCAAUUCACAACUCGAAGCUCCCUUCCCGCUCGCUACCAUGCUACUGAUGGAGGGCAUCUUCAGCUCCCCUGACUCUGUGUGGUGAAUCCAAUCUCCGAGCUAAGCCUGAUGGAAGCCUUUCAAUUCUGAAGGCUCGCGACGCGUCUCGCUGAGUGGACAUCGGACUGGCGGAAACUCGGAGGUAGGGAUACCCCGUUCAGAUCAGCUUUGGUGGCCAACUCCAUCCACCGGUGUACAACGACGGAAGUGUACAUCAUUAAUCUCAAUCCUGGCCUCCACAGAUCGGGAGCUGUCCGACUACACCGCUUUAGAGGCUGGUUAUUAUCAGGUAAUGACAGGGUUUAUGGAUGCAAAAUAUGAGCUUGUAAUCUAGUCCUGGUCUCUUUCUCGCCAACCCUGUGCCCGAAAUUCAAUUCAUGCUGCCCUUCAACCGACGGUAACUUCACACAGUCACAUUGUCAAUCUGCUAAGUGAUAAAUCAGGAAAUGAAAUAUGGUGCUCUGUUGUACGGCCAUCACGCAAUAGCUAUUCUUUGCCAAACGCGCCAGAAACGUGUUCGACGCACCUCAACGUUCAACCUCCAUUUACAUGCACAUACGUCGUCUACGUCCGAGCCAUCUGAAACCUCCCAGUUCUGUAGAGCUCCCUCGUCCUCCAGAACAUCCAAGUUUUGUAGAACCACCUCGUCCUCUGGAACAUCCAACUCCUCUAGAACCCCCUCGUCCUCCAUCUACUAGUCAACAUAUCUUGAACGGAGCCCAAAACACUACGAUAGGGACAGCGGUGUUCAAUAACGUUGCCGGCGACCAAGUUCAAAAUCAUAACUACUAUUUUACCAAUCUGCUUUGGGAAGCGAUUAAAGACGUCGGGGCAUCUCAUAAUUCGGAACAACAGGUUGAUCGUGGCCAUUGCCUUCCUGGAACUCGUAAAGCGGUGCUCAAACUUAUUCAACAGUGGAGAGUUUCCGGAUGCAAGAGUAUGCCGGUGUGUUGGCUUUCUGGUGCUGCGGGCGUAGGGAAGUCAGCUAUUGCAUUGACUGUCGCCGAGGAAUGCGAGAGGGAUGGGCUUGUGGCCUCCUUCUUCUUCUUUAGAUCAGAUCCAAAGCGAAACAACCCGUCCUCCCUCAUUUUAUCUAUUGUACACGGCGUCGUGGUCAAAAGACCACAUCUGAAAGCUCUCAUCAACGAGAAAAUUGCUGCUGACCCCGGGAUCCUUACUGCUAGAUUGGAGAAUCAAUACAAGGAAUUGGUUCUGGAGAAUCUCGAUCAUCCGACUCCCCCUUCAUCCGGUCAAAGACUCCCCAACCUGGUCAUUAUUGAUGGCCUCGAUGAAUGUGGUAAUGCUGCGAUGCAACGACGGGUCCUCUCCAUCAUAUUUUCCACAUAUCGACAACCAUUUUCUUCCCCUUUGCGAUUCUUCAUAUGCAGCCGCCCCGAAGCCUGGAUCCAAGAAGAGUUCAAUCGGUUCAGUGGACUGAUCAAACAUAUCAAACUGGAUGAUUCAUUACUCCCCCGGUACGAUAUCGAGCUGUAUCUCCAUCAGCAGUUCCAGGAGAUCCGCAGAGACCCCAAAUAUUCACAGGUUGAAUUCCCAGACCCGUGGCCAUCUCGUUAUCAUUUUCGGUUGCUGGUUGACAAAUCAGAUGGUCAAUUCAUUUUCGCAACGACUACCACCAUGUUCAUCAAGGCGGACUACUCACUUCCAACUGACCAGCUUUGCAUCGUCGUCGAUACCAUAUCCAACCAGCCCUCUGAUUCCUCGAGAGAGUCACCGUUCGACGACCUUGACAAACUCUAUCUCAUGAUAUUACGUGCCAACCCUGACCGCGAUAAGCGUCUGCUUCCCAUUCUCGCAAUGAUCGUCGUAAUUCGGAAAACAUCUCCGGGGCCCCGGCUUAUCGAACUCGUACUCGGAUACUCCCCCGGCACGGUUGCUCAGACGUUACGUGCGAUGCACUCGGUGCUCGAUGUCCGUGAUCGGGACAAGGGCAUCAAGAUUUACCACACAUCCUUCACCGAUUUCCUCCUCGAUCCGGCACGGUCAAGGGAGUUCUAUAUUAACAAGUCCGAGUGGGUGGAUUUUCUGGCUUGUCGGUGGACUCGGGCUCUUACUGAGUGCAGAAAACACCCUGAGCUGCUAAGAUAUCCAAAUGGUUCUUCAAAUAUGUUGGUAGGCGGCUGGGAUGAGCUCCUUGCCCAAGUGCAUGGCCGUAUGAGCAGUGCGUUGAUGUUGGAGCUGGAUGCUUUCUACCAUGUGGCUUUGUCCACUUCCGUGAAGUUAGUGGGUCGCGAGGUGCUUCUUCACGUACUUGCGGCAAUUCUGCUGCUUCCAUAUGGUGAUCCACGCUCUUCCGAGUUUAUCCAACUGUUCCUUGGAAUUAGCAAAGAAGUUUUAGAUCAGACACUGCAAUCAAUGCACGGAAUGAUCAGGAUUCCCUUCCCGAGGGGCCUGCAUCACAUUUCCAUCAAGGAUCAGCAUUCCACCUUCCGGGAUUUCCUCCUUGACCGAGAACGGUCAAAGGGAUUUUUCAUUGACAAGGGCUCUCAGAGCAACUUUCUUGCACUGCGCUCCCUCCGUCUGUUGCAGAUUCAAGACGAGAGUCUGUCGGAGAUUUUACUCGAAAAUUGGACUCGCAUCUGCCGUGUCGACAGUCCUAUGGAGGAAUUGAUGCUCGAACUUUACCGGAUGGACUUGGGUGCCCUCCUCGCAAAGUCCCUUGACCACGGUUUGGAUGGGCUGUUCUGUGACUUUAAAACCAUCUCAACCUGGCUAAAUUCUAGAACCAACAGUAUAACCCCACCCGAUCUUAUUGAUCGUUUCAAAAAUGUCCAAAGAGGAUUUCAUAUUCGAAGCACGAGGCAGGAUGUUGAUUCAGGACACCACUACAACGUCAUCACCAUGAUCAUCCUUUCCAUCGUCAAAUGGACCUGGUCCACGAGUUACUCCAGGCCACGGGUAUGUGCCUCAUUGAUAAUGAGAAAUUUUGUGGACUACCGGUUCGAGAGUUUACGUGCAUUGGUCUCGGCCAAACUCUCAGCCGAGUUUUGUGGGUGCUCGGAGCCCGCAUUUGAUUCUAACUGUCUUUCAACCCCGCUUCCUGAUAAAACAGACCUGUAUCACAUCAAUAUCCCAGCUGGUUGCGCUCAAAUUUUCAAAGUAUUUGUAGCUGAUUUGAAGGCGCGAAGGAAUCUCACCCCCAAGGAGUACUGGAGUCUCACCGACAGCCUACUGGUGCGGUGUCCAAAUCUACUGACACGAUGUCUUCCCCUACCCGAAAUCCUUCCCCUUUUCCAGACAGUUUUGGAUAUUGCUAAGAGAUCGGGACAAUUUGACAGGCAGAUGAAAAGAGGAUACAAUCAAGAUCAGCUAAAGAAGGAGUCGCGAGACAAGCUGCUAUCAUGGCUCGAGAAUUUCCCUGCCGAUUGCGCUAAUGAAGUUGAAACUGCCAGGAACAAGCUCCUGUACCUAAUGCCACUUGAUGAAUGA